UCCCACAGCUAGGGCGAUUCUGGAUCCAGAUUGAUUUCCUUCCCCAACAUUUACGUGCUUCUUAAUUGCAAUCGCCAACCCUAGAACUGUCCCCACUUCCCAGCCAUGGAUCUACACCUCAAAGAGCUUUUCACCAGAUUCCAAGAACAAUUUAGCUCUGGUCCGAGCCUCGGCCCGACUUCCGGCACUUGUCUCCUCAAAGUCGAUGGAAUUCCCACAGCCUUCAUCAAAUCCCUCUUCCGCGCCGCCGCCGCACUGUACCGCACCGAGCCAUGGAAGCGUCUUCGUCCCCACCACCUCUUCGGCCUUCGGAUUGGCAAAGAUUUCGAUUGGUCAGGCAAGAAACAACCCUUCCCUUGCGCCCAAUUCAUCGGCGGGGAUGGCGGCGAUCUUGGCUUUCACAUGUUUAAAUCUGAUUUAGAUGCUCAAAAGAUGACAGGAUUGUCGGAAACCAGCGCGGCUUCUGAUGUUGAGCUUUUACGGGUUGUGUUCAUCCAUGAAUCCCUUCUGCUUCCUUCUACAAAGAGAAUGAUUAGAUCCCUAUCAUUGGAUGUAGAAACCGGUGAUAAGUUUCCGAUUAUAGAUGUCGCUCGGCGUACUUCUACUGGAAAUCGUUUCAGGAACCCUACGGCAGAGGAGCUUCGAUAUGUCUUCGCUUUCAUGAAAGCGAUCACCAUUGUCCACCCUUUUCUGCAAUUUGCUGACAGUGGAAAGUUGGGAAAGAGAAGACUGAUGAAAUUUGAGUCGUUCAUUGAGACUGUUGAUGUUCAGUGGCCUCCUGAACUUCCAAGAGCUGGGGAGCUUGUUGCUGUCACUAUCUCUCACCCGCCUGUACAGAUCUUUCAGGAGAAGAAGCUGAAUUCAGAAAAUUCAAUUCAAGCUGCAAAGUCCAUGGAACAGGAAGAGGAGGAGAUUUCCUAGUAAAAGUUUUUCUUAUUAUUUUGCAAGGUUUGAACUCAAAUUCUCUUAGUUGCAAGUUUAAGCUCUGAACCAAUAAAGUUUCUUUGAAAGGAGGCUAUGCUAUUACAUAAAAAAAAUUAUUUUUU